AUGGCAGAGCCCUACAACACACCCGUGCCCGGCUCGACACCGCGCUCGGGCUCGCCCGUGCCGCAUCCGCCUCGCCACCCGACGCUGGUUGGCACAUCCGAGCCGAAACCGCGCGUCCUGCACCUCGGCGACCCUAUUCGCUUCAACCACGACACGUUUGAGCUCUUGUCGUCGCAGUAUGAAGUCGUCCGACCCUCGGCGGAUGAACGGCAGCGAGCGCCCUUUAUCCAGGGCCUGAGAGCCGGAAAAUGGGGCAGCUUCCAGGCCAUGUUUCGGCCGUCGUGGCGGACAGGCGGCGAGAUGGGCCGGUGGGACGACGAGUUGAUCGCGCUGCUGCCGAGCAGCGUGAGGGUGUUUGCGAGCGCCGGCGCCGGGUACGACUGGGUCGAGACCAAGCUGCUGGGCGAGCGAGGCAUCAUCUACUGCAACGGAGGGGCGGCUGCCGCGGACGCAGUUGCCGACCUGGCCGUCGCCAUGGUCAUCUCCACGUUCCGCCGCAUCCCGUGGUGCGUCGCGGCCGCGACGGCCGGCUCGCCGUCCGCCUUUUCAGCCUGCCACCUUGACUCGCCUGCGCAGUGUCACAACUUGCGGCGUCGCGUCCUCGGCAUCGUCGGCCUCGGAAGUAUCGGCCAGCGCGUAGCCACGAGGUGUCGCUUCGGCUUCGACAUGGACAUCCGCUACUUUGACACUGAGCGGAAACCUGCCGCCGUCGAGCGCGCCCUCUCCGCCGGCUUCCACGAGUCGAUGGAGUCGUUGCUUCAAGCCGCCGAUUGCGUCGUGCUAUGCACGCCUGCGGCGUACGGUGGCGGAACCCUGAUUGACUCGUCCACGUUGAAACAUUUCCCCCGGGGCGGGAGAUUUGUCAACGUGUCGAGAGGAGCACUGGUCAACGAGGACGACUUGGUGGCAGCCCUCGAGACGGGGAGACUCAGUUCCGUGGCGCUGGACGUGCACGCCAAUGAGCCGCACGUCCACCAGGGACUGCGCAGGUUGGCCGCAGAGGGGAGAGCCAUGCUGACCUGUCACAAUGGCGGUGGGACGGUAGAGACGCACGAGGCCUUUGAGGAGCUGAGCAUGCGCAACGUCCUGGCCGUCUUGGGCGGGGGCCCGGCCUUGUCUGCUGUGAACAUGGGCGAUCUGAAGAAGUGA